AUGAACCGACAGCUAGUGAGCAUUUUGACAGCCUUGUUUGCAGUUUUUUUAGAAACGUAUCAUUUCAGGACAACUUUCUGUAAAGAACAUGAUUCCAGAUCUGCAAAAUCCCCUUCACAGACACUCUCUCCUUCAGAUUUCUUGGAUAAAUUAAUGGGGCGGACAUCAGGUUAUGAUGCACGAAUAAGGCCAAAUUUUAAAGGUCCUCCUGUAAAUGUUACCUGCAACAUAUUUAUCAACAGCUUUGGUUCAAUAGCUGAAACUACAAUGGACUACAGAGUGAACAUUUUUUUGAGGCAGCAGUGGAACGACUCCCGUCUUGCUUAUAGUGAAUACCCUGAUGACUCCUUGGAUUUGGAUCCAUCAAUGUUGGACUCUAUUUGGAAACCCGAUUUAUUCUUUGCCAAUGAGAAAGGUGCAAACUUCCAUGAUGUUACAACAGACAACAAGCUUCUAAGGAUUUCCAAAAAUGGGAAAGUAUUAUAUAGUAUCAGGCUAACAUUAACUUUAUCCUGUCCCAUGGACCUAAAGAAUUUUCCCAUGGAUGUACAAACAUGUACAAUGCAACUAGAAAGCUUUGGCUAUACAAUGAAUGAUCUGAUAUUUGAAUGGAUGAGUGAUGGUCCAGUACAAGUAGCAGAAGGCUUAACUCUGCCGCAGUUUAUUUUGAAAGAAGAAAAUGAGCUUGGUUAUUGCACAAAGCAUUACAAUACUGGAAAAUUUACAUGCAUUGAAGUAAAAUUUCAUUUGGAGCGUCAGAUGGGAUAUUAUUUAAUCCAGAUGUACAUUCCUAGCCUGCUGAUCGUCAUUUUGUCCUGGGUAUCUUUCUGGAUCAACAUGGAUGCUGCUCCAGCCAGAGUUGCACUGGGCAUAACUACAGUCUUGACAAUGACUACUCAGAGUUCAGGCUCCAGAGCCUCUCUUCCAAAAGUGUCUUAUGUAAAAGCUAUUGAUAUCUGGAUGGCUGUAUGUCUUCUUUUUGUCUUCGCUGCAUUGCUUGAAUAUGCAGCUGUGAACUUUGUGUCAAGGCAGCACAAAGAAUUUUUGAGGCUUCGAAGAAGGCAAAGGAGGCAACACAAGGAAGAAGAUGGAACUCGUGACAGCCGAUUUAACUUUGGUGGCUAUGGGAUGGGUCACUGCCUACAGGUAAAAGAUGGUACCACAGUCAAAGCUACACCUCCCAAUGCUCUACCACCUCCCAUGCCAAAAGAUUCAGAUUCCAUCAAAAAGAAAUUUGUGGACCGUGCCAAAAGGAUUGAUACAAUAUCCCGAGCUGCCUUCCCACUUGCCUUUCUCAUCUUCAACAUAUUUUACUGGAUCACUUACAAAAUUAUACGUCAUGAGGAUAUUCACAAAAAAUAA